CACGGACGGCACAGAGUCGCCCAUUUUGGCUGAUCCAGAAGCUGAAGGACGUUCUGACAAACCAAAAGUCAAAUAUGGAGAGUUAGUGAUAUUAGGAUAUAAUGGAUUUUUGCCACAAGGGGAUAAAGGCCGACGACGUUCUAAAUUUGUAUUGUAUAAACGACUCGAAGCGAAUGGUGUUAGAAGAUCUAGACAUUAUAUAGUUCAAUCACCUCAAACAUCAAAGGCCAUUUUGGAUGCGAAUCAACAUUCAAUAUCAUACACAUUGUCACGAAAUCAAGCGGUUAUCGUGGAAUACAAAGAAGAUACUGACACAGAUAUGUUUCAGAUUGGACGGUCUUCAGAAGCGCCGAUUGAUUUUGUUGUCAUGGAUACAUUGCCUGGUGAUAAGAAAGAUACGCGAGUUAUGCAGAGCACAAUAUCCCGAUUUGCAUGCCGUAUUUUAGUUGAUCGCAGUGAACCAUCAAAAGCACGCAUUUAUGCAGCCGGAUUCGAUUCGAGUAGAAAUAUAUUUUUAGGGGAAAAAGCAACUAAGUGGCAAGACAACGUUGAAAUAGAUGGUUUAACAACAAAUGGUAUAUUAAUAAUGCAUCCAAAAGGUCAGUUUGUUGGUGGCAAUACAGAAAAUCCAGGGACAACACCAUGGCGAGAGUGUUCGGUUGGCGGUGACGUUUUUGGCUUACGAGAAUCAAGAUCGGCACAACAAAAAGGCGAACCAAUUUACGGCGAAACAAACAUUUUACAGGACGGUACAUUGAUCGAUUUAUGCGGUGCAACGCUUUUAUGGCGAUCAGCUGAAGGACUAAAGAAUUCACCGGGAAAACGUGAUUUAGAGAAGCUUGUAGAUGAAAUUAAUGAGGGACGACCCCAAUGUCCAGUUGGGUUGAAUACGCUUGUGAUACCACGCAAAGUCACAUUAAGUGACCACAUUAAUCAGCCUUACGUUUAUUUAAAUUGUGGUCAUGUUCAAGGAAAUCAUGAUUGGGGUCACAUCCAAGGUCAAGAAAAAUCGACAAGAAGAUGUCCAAUGUGUUUGGAACAAGGUGCGGUGGUGACAUUGUGCAUGGGUUGUGAGCCAGCAUUUUAUGUAGAUUUUGGUCCACCAACGUAUGCCUUCAAUCCUUGUGGUCAUAUGGCUACCGAAAAAACAGUCAAAUAUUGGGCAAACGUAGAUAUACCACAUGGAACGAUGGGUUUUCAAGCGGUUUGUCCGUUUUGUGCAACGCCAUUGGACGGCAGUCCUGGAUAUAUUAAAUUAAUUUUUCAAGAUAAUUUAGAUUAGGGGGCUAUUAAAAAGUAUAGUUCGUACCCAUUUUAGUUAUCAACUUUUAUAAUUAUAUCGGUUUUGAGCAACUUUUAUUUUUUAUUUAACAAAUUGAAAUCAAAAUUUUGCACGAAACUGAACUGAUGAGCCGAGCGACAUAAUGUUUAUAUCAUAAUCACAAUCCACAAAAACUGACGAAAUAAUCAUUUAUGGAAUAAGAGCGAUGAAUAAAGAGAAAGAACAAAGCUUGGAACAAAGCUUUAA